AAAAUGUUUAUCUUCAACUAACCUUCAAUUCUACCAAAAAUAAAUAAAUUCAGGACCAUUAAUUUAAUGAAUAUUGGUCUCAUAUUGGUAACACAUUCUGAUGUUUGUAGGAAAUAUGUUUAUCAGUUUAAUAGUGAUGUAAAUGUGACAUUUACGAUACUAGUUUUUUUUUGAAAUUCUUAAAUUUUGUAAGUUUUUGCUACUCUAUAUAACAGUUGAGGUGAGAUUUUACAGACCGCUAUAACAAUUUGAUGGGCAGGUACACAACUUUCAAUGUCUUCAAUCAAAUUUGUAACAAUAAAACUCACUACAUGCAUUUUAUUAUGAGGGUGUUGGAAUGGAACCAAAAACAUACUGGCACGAAAAAUAAACCACUAGUUAGCUGAUAGCAUCAGCUGCAAUGUUCAGGUGUGAUUUCUGGCGUUCCUACCAAUAACUACACAAGACCUGUCAUUUAUACAAAGGUAAUGUCAAAAAUGAUAGCACCACAGUCACUGUCAUCAUCAACAUGAUUAUCUUUCACUCUUGUGUGACAAUAUUGCUGGAAUUAUAAACACUUAAACGUGAUACAUACAUUACUGUUCAUUUACUUACCUUCAUUUUCUAAUGAACUGUAAUGAACUGAACAGGUGAACAAAACAAGACAAUUUUCUGUGUGACUUGGAUAAAGAUAAAAAAAAAAAACACUAUUACCUAUGUUUUCUCAAGGAUUAAUAAAAUACAAUGAUACAGAACAGCUGAAUGGUUAUCUUAGUCACCAAAGUUAUAUAUCUAUCUAUCUAUCUUCUUACUAAAAUGUGAUAAGAAAAUCACAAAUUUUGUUCGGUGCUGACAGUUUGUGAGGUAGAGUCAAUGCAAUCAAAAUAUUGCCAUACUGGGAUGUUCAGUAAUUAAUCAUUUAUUUCAAUUCAUUUACUUUAUUUUUUUUGACUGAUUACAAGCUGUGACUAGAAAUCAUUUGUUGCAUUCAUUAACACGCUACAACAGCUCUUUGUUUGUUUCAAAAUUAUUCUUCAAGAGAAUGUUGUUUUUUUGUUUUAUUUCUCUUUUUUUUUUCUCCAAAAGCUACAGUGAAUGUCAUCUCCCUGAUUAGCAAGUAAUUCAGCAUAAUUAUGUGAGUUAUAAAGCUGUAACUGAUUCAUUUAAUGAUAUAAGUGUGGAUGCCGACUUUUACUGUGAUUCUCCACAACCAGUGACAAGGAUUAUACUGUGAAAUAUUCACCAGUGCUUUCACUACCUGAUACUGGAUUUUUAUUUUUUGUGUGUAUUUGUAAUAAUAAAAAAAAAAAUUGUGAUAAAAAGUGUAUUAAUUAUAAACGACAUUGAGAGUGGUUGGGGUUUUUUUCUGUUUGUAUGUAACCAUGGCAAUGCGAGUGAGUACAAGUAUUGCUCCCGGGCAGAGUCUCCAAGAAACAAGCCAGCCUAAAGAUUUAGAUGCCAGUGAAUCCCACCGUCUUGAACGAAUUCAAGCAGCAAAACGAAUUAGACGGAGUAAAUCUGCACCAAGCAAUGCUCGGUCCGGAUCAGUGACAGCGAGCCAACAUACAGAAGAGGAGACCACCUCAACAUGCCUUCCAAACAUCUUCAAAAUGCAACAGAAGUCGGAUAAACAUAAAGACAAAGAGAAAGAAGAACAAUGUGCUGACAUUCCAUCCCCAGUGUCGGAUCCACCUCCUUAUGAAUCUGUACGCCAUGACCACAAUGAAAAUGCUCAUGGUGGCAUAACUCCAUAUAAGAACUAUCAGGAUGAUGGAAAUGAACUCAGGGAUGAAUCUACAGCACCACUACUUGGAAAUUGUGAACAGCCACAGAGGUCUUUUCCAAAACUUACUGAAGAUGAUCAUAUACAUCCAAAUGAUGGGAUGGGCCAGCAAUGUAUGGAUUAUGAAGCAUGUGAGCGAGUGGUGAUCAAUGUGAGUGGACUUCGGUUUGAAACCCAGUUGAAAACUUUAAAUCAAUUUCCUGAAACUUUAUUAGGAUGCCCAUCGAAACGAAACAGAUUUUAUGAUCCCUUGCGGAAUGAAUACUUUUUUGAUCGAAACAGACCAUGUUUCGAUGCAAUUUUAUACUACUACCAGAGUGGUGGCCGUUUGAGGAGGCCUGUUAAUGUGCCUCUUGAUGUCUUUGCUGAGGAAAUUAAAUUCUAUGAAUUAGGACAAGCUGCUAUUGAAAAAUAUCGCGAAGAUGAAGGAUUUAUCAAAGAAGAAGAAAAACCACUUCCACAAAAUGAAUUUCAAAGAAGGGUAUGGUUACUGUUUGAAUACCCCGAAAGCUCAACUGCCGCAAGGAUCAUUGCCAUUUUCUCAGUGCUAAUUAUUUUACUUUCCAUUGUGAUAUUCUGCUUGGAAACUUUGCCUGAAUUCAAGCAUUACAGAGUUACGAAUGAGACAAUAAAUGGCACAGGUUCAAUUGAAGAAGAUGAUAUUCCUAAAUUCAAUGAGCCAUUCUUUAUUAUAGAAACCUGUUGUAUAAUAUGGUUUACUUCAGAACUUCUUGUUCGGUAUGCAUCAUGCCCUGGAAAACUUGGAUUCUUUAAAAAUAUUAUGAAUGUUAUAGAUAUUGUUGCAAUCAUUCCAUAUUUCAUCACAUUGGGGACAGUCAUUGCAGAUGAAAGCAAAAGUAACAACCAGGCAAUGUCCCUGGCUAUCCUAAGGGUGAUAAGAUUGGUCCGUGUCUUUCGAAUUUUCAAGUUAUCAAGACACUCUAAAGGACUGCAGAUCCUUGGGCAGACUCUUAAAGCCAGUAUGCGAGAACUCGGAUUGCUCAUAUUUUUCCUAUUUAUUGGAGUUAUAUUGUUUUCUAGUGCAGUUUAUUUUGCUGAAGCAGAUGCAGAAGCAUCACAUUUCAAAAGUAUACCGGAUGCAUUUUGGUGGGCUGUGGUAACUAUGACAACUGUGGGUUAUGGGGAUAUGCGUCCGAUCGGAGUGUGGGGAAAGUUAGUCGGAUCACUGUGUGCCAUUGCCGGUGUAUUGACAAUCGCGUUGCCUGUGCCUGUUAUAGUUUCCAACUUCAAUUACUUUUACCAUCGAGAAACAGAGUACGAUGACAGACAAUCAUACCAACAUGUACAGUCUUGUCCAGAUUAUCCAAAAAAGAAGGAUUCGCUCAUUUCGGGGGAUAGUGGUUCUGAUGUAUUAGAAAUGGGUGAGGGUGGAAGUUUAUAUAAUAUCAUGGAAAAAUCUAAUGAAAAUCACACUAACAAAAAUAAUAAUCCAUCUAGUGUAAACAAUUUGAGCAUUGAAACGGAUGUAUAAUGUAUAAUUUGAAAUUGGAACUAAUUCACCCUUCAAAAACUUUUGAUUCACCACAUCAGAAGGAGCAUUUUUAUCAAAGUAAGAAAGUUCCCAUAUGAUAGCAUGGAAAAUCAGAGGCUAUUUGUUAAGAAUUUUUGUAGAACUGGAGAUACAGGCAAGCUUAUUGUGAAAAAAAUGUUUACUCUAUAGAAAGAUGAAAAAAGAACAAGAAAGAAUGUAGAUCUGAACUCAGGAAAUUCAGGAAAUGUGGAUAAAGAUAGAGGAAAUAGACAGAAUGAGAGUAAAUUGCCAGUUUGAAUAUCAAUAGUAAAAGUUAUUAUAAAAUACUAGGAGAAAUGACAUGAGAACAUUACAUGUAUAGUGGAUCAAGAGAUAAGAAUUUUUAACAAAUGUUACAUUUUGUGUGUGUGUUCUUUUUCCAUUUCUGAAAGGUUACCUGCUGUGAUACGUUUAUAUGUAUAUAGUAGUGAUGUACAGUUAUUGACUACAAGUUGGCGACAGUUUUUUUUUUACAUUUUUCCAAAUCCAUGUCUUUCUUGAGAAAUCCUCACCCAAGUUAUGGACUUUUUAUACAUGGCACAGAGAAUUGUAAACUCUCACAUAGGGGAUAGCACGCUACAGUUACUUUGUAUCUGUUUUGUGGAAUUAAAUGUUGUAGAAGUUUAUCUUAGGAUGACGCAAUAUGUAUAUAUUUAAAGUGUUAUCUCGGCUGAACCGAUACUCUUGGUCGAAUUUUCAACAAUAGCUUUCUACCUCAGAAUUUGAAAGUAGCCACCUUUUUAAAUACACCCUGGAGCAUCAGUUUGAAAUAGCUGCAAAUACUAGGAAAGAAAGAAAGAAUGGAAUAAAUUGUGGUACAUGUAAAAUUAAACUUACGUGAUACAUCAUUAUAUAUGAUUAUAAAGCAAUUUUAAUGACUUCUUUUUGAAAUCACCUUGUUUUUUUUUCCGAGCAUCAUAUAUGUACAGAUCACUUUUAACACUAUGCAGUUUAUUAAAAACUAUAUAACAAUGCACCAUGUACCACGUUUUUCACUAUGUUGGAUUUAAAUUACGGGAAAUAAAUGAGGCUGUCUGUUAGACAAGUGGAAUAUUACAAAACUAUUUAAACAAAAAGCUGAUACACUCUUACACACCAAGGAAGAAUAAAUGACUUUCACAGACAGGAGAGAAAAAUUCUGAUAUUUCAACAAUUCCAUCUCUACACAGAAAUUUCUCCACAUGGUAGCAAAAAUAUGUUGACAUUGGCAUACUGGCAGACUUCCUGGAGACCAGUGAUAUAUCAUGGUACAACCACGGGUGCAGUUGGCACUUUCUUUUAUUUUGAUGCCUGGAAAUUAUCAUUUAUGUGAGGGUUAAAUGCUGCAGUGUUCAAAUUACUAAUUUCGGAAUAUAUCUUAAUUAAUUCAUCAGUGAAACAAGUUUAAAUUCACAUGGUGUGUUUGUUUCAAGUGUGAUGAUGAAGAAAACAAGCUUCAGGACCUCAUGUGUGCACCAGUUACCUAUAUAACUUUCUCUGAAAAGCCAAUCCCAGAUUUUUGAUACGAUUAUGAGAAACCAUUCCUGUGUAAAGAAGAACAAAAUACUGUUUCCUGUAUUAACUAGUAAGGUGUGAAGUAUUUAAUAUUAUACAUGUUUUAGUUGAAAGAAAUAAGUAUAUUAAGGUCACGUUAGUGUUAGAGAUAUAUAAGUCUGGACUUACUUAUUGUUAUAGAUUAUCACUGAGUAUAGAGGUAGACACUUAAAAUACUAGAGUGCAAGUUUUCCAGAGAAUGCAGGAAAUAUAUGUCUUUUGUUUAUGAUUUUUACCAUAAAUCUAGUUUAUAAAUAAGUUUAAAGGAGAUCAUGUGACUUUAUUAAGACAAUUAACCAGAAACAGAACUAGCUAUAAGCUUCAGCAUUACUCUAACAUUAAACAAUUUCCCUUUGUUUUGAUUGGCUUCACAAAUUCUAUGAAUUAAGCUUCUACUAUAUCUCCCAUCCUCUCUCUAUAUUUUGUUUUCUAAUCUAGUUUCCCCUAUCUGUUUCUACAUUACAAUCAAUACAAUUAACUGUAAUCAUUGUUUCACAUACUAUAAAUAGUUUCAGAACUGAUUGCACAUUCUAUGAAUAGCUGCGAAACUGCUGGCCACAGAAAUGGCAAAAGACUUUUAUAUAAAAUCUCAUUUUUGUCAUUUGUUAGAAAAUUCCUCUGGUGUCAAUUGAUUGGUCAGUUUUGUAUACACUGUCAGCAUCCAUUAUUCAUCCAUGUUUGAGGAAACUUCAUUUUAAAACCUGGAUGAUAUUAAACUAAUCUUCCAUUCAUUUUUAAACAUGUGAGCCAUGAAGUAUUUAACUGUAUCUUGUCAUUUUUUGUAAAUGACCAAUAUCAAUGCAAUAUGUUAUUUUAUAGUGAGUAGAUUUUUACCCUUUAAUGUAUCAUUUUUUUUAUCCCAUCCUUUGUCACUCCUUUAAUGGUUUGUUUCACUUUCAAUAAGGAAAAAAACAAGCAUGUUUUAUGCCCUUUUUUCAAAAAAAAAAAGCACAAAUCUUAAAAUAUAUUUUCAAUUUUAUGAAAAAUCAUUGUGUGAUUUGGAUAACAUUUUACCAAGUUACAAUUAUCAAUUUGUAAUAUUAUAGUUAAACAUUUUACCUUUUACUGGAAGUACAUGUAGUUUCUAAACAGCAAUGACAUUACAUUGUAUUCUUUUUAUUCAUAUUUUGAAGAACUCUUCACUUUUUGUAAAUUCAUCUUACGAAAAUUGUUUUUUCAUUGGCUGCAACCUUUUUUUAUAUAGUAGAAGAAUAAGUUAUGUUUAAAAACUUUAAAGAUUUAAGUUUUAAGACAUUUUUGUCAUCUUUAAAUUGUCGGAAUUUAAACUUGUGGCAAAAAAAUGUGUCCAAAAAAAUUUUUCAAAUUCAAAUUUCAAAAUUUUCUUUCAUAUACAAGAUACAUGCUGACGUAGUAUAAAAGUAUAGUUAAAAUGAUACUGAUAUAAUAUAAAUAUUGACUACAGAAUUUUAUAACUAAGUCCUGACAGUGAUAAAGUGCUCAAUUUUUGUAUGUAAGGUGAUAAUGUAUGACUGAUGUUUGUAGGAACUGACAUUUAGAAGGAUGUUUGGGCUGAAAAUGAAUUUUUUUAUGUUUCUUAUAUUUUUGAGAGAAAAUUGUUAAAAAGUACCGGUUUAUUACUAUAGUUACCAAGAUAAGCCUUUCAUAGCGAGUGUGUUUCUCCAGUAUAUAUACAUAUAUAUAUUGAGUUAUUAUUAAGUUUUAUAAUACAAUGGAUUUAUGUUGAAAAAAGAAAUCCAUUUUUACAUGAUUGAUAUUUUGUUGACAGUUCAUAUUUCUGUUUUAUAUUUUGGGAUAAGAAGAUUUAUUAUGGUGUUUUCUUAACAUGGUUCGUUAUUUAAAAAUAGAUUUAAAUUAUUUCUGAAUCUGAUACUCAUGUAUAUGUGAAAUAGUGAAUGCAAAGUUUAGAACCAAAUGUUUCAAAAUUUUAUUCAAUAUACAUGCCAGAGUUUGUAAAUCCAUCAGACAAAUUUGCUUAAUUGUUCAGUAAGAAAAUUUUUUUUUGUUUGGUAAUAAAAUUUUUUGGGUAGCCAUGAUUUUUACAAGCAAUAAUUUAUUUGAGACCAUAUAUAAUAGAUUUUGUUUGUCUUCAAAUGGCAUUGAAAAUCAGUACAUGGAAAGAAGUUUGGAAUAAUUGUAUAUAAAGAUCAGGUUAUUUCUAUACAAAAAGUAUCAGAUGCAGGGAACAAUUGUCAUUUAGAACAGCCAUAGUAAAUGGUAGUGGUGAAUUAUAAUAUAAAUCAGGUUACUGACAUGUCUAUAAAUAUAAAAAUCCAUAAUUGUAGUAAAAAAAAGUAUCUUACAGAAAAAAAUAGUCUACAAAUGUUGUUAUUGAUUUACAGUUAUUUAUGAAAACUCAAUUGCAGAUAAAAAAAAACAUUUUGAUAUAGCCUGCAUAGAAGAAUUUUCUACACUGUCUGUGACAGAAAUCAGAUUUGUUUGCCUCAUUUGCCAGUGAUGAGUUUUUUAUGUGAACAAGCUGUGGUAUAUAUAUAAAUAUAUAUAGAAAACUUGUCAUAACACAAGAUGUUCAUAUUAUAAAAAUCAUGAAAUCUUUGUUUCUUAUGCAAAAACCAUGGCAUGUUAUGAGGUGUAUAUUUUUUACAACAUUAAUCAUUGUAAUAUUUGUAAGUUUAUAACUUGUUUUUCAAAGUAAGAAAAAAAUGCACGAGAAUGUCACUUGGUUUAACAUGAUGUAUUGUUGCAAAAGUACAAAAAACAGUUUGCCAACAUUUGUUCCCAGCCUUAUUGUUGUUUUUAGAAACAGAACAUUAUCUAACAUGAGACUCAUCAUCAGUAGCUGCCUUAUAAAACAUGUUUCAUGACAUAACUAGACUUAUAACAAGGUUCAAUACCUAGUCUUGGCCUACAACUUACAUCAUGAUUAUCAAAUAUACAAAAAUCUUCUUUUUUUACAUUUUUCUUCAAAGCCUUUUCCAUAUACAACUACAUCUAUAUGGUCGAUUUUACCUGCCUUAAAUUUUCAACUUUCUUUGAUACUUUCUCUAUCAACAUAAAUAAACUCAGUUAAUUAUACUGGUUGUACAAUAGUUUCAAUUUUGCUUCAAAUGCUCAAAGAAUUAUGGGAAAUCCUAGCACAAUGGUAGUGGUGCUUCAAUAAUUAAUGAGAGGUUAUAUUAAUGACAUCAUGUAUGGGGGAGGGGGGAUUGAAUUACAGGAAAUAUUGAGUUGCACUAGUAAGAAUUUGAAGAGAAAAUAGAUUAUGAAAGAAGAUUUUUUUUGUUGUUGAAUAUUUAGAGAUACAAUUUUGUUAUACAGUUGACCAUGUAUGUAUAUUAUGACUUUAACUGUUGAAUCAGUUAUAGCAAUUUGUUAUAGAGUAUCUUAGAUUAUUAUUUUUGAACACAUAGAUGCAUUUAUUGCAUUGCAUUUUGUUAGAGAGCAUAUAUAACAUUGUUACACAUUAUUGGCUUUUUUAAAAAAAACUUGAAAAUAUUGUUGAUGUUAAGUUUUGUUUUACUUUCUGUUAAUGGCAUUUAAAUUGUAUAUCAAAAUAUUAAAUUGUAGCAAUAAAUUUGCUGACCUGUCAAUGAUAGAAUAAAUACGAGUGGCUAAUUCAAAUUUAAAUGUAGCUCAGUAUUGACCAAUCAGAUUCAUGAGUUGUUUGACUGGUUUUGAAACGUCUGCAAUCUUGAACCCAAAGGAAUAAAAAGUCCAUAAUUUAAAUUGGGUUACACCUUUGCUGUUGAUUGUAAUUAUGCUCAUACAAAGAAAUGUAAAAUUCUAAUUUUUGAACUCCUGUUUUAUUUCUCCAGAAUCACACAAAUUGAAUUGCAAAGUUUAAUUAAGUUAUAGGACUUAAUGAAGAGUAAAGACACUUUGUAGUAGUUUUUCAUUGAGAAGAACAAAGUCUCUUCCAGAUUUCAAGCAUGAAUGGUUUGGAAGAUAAAGGAAUACUCAUUCAUUUGCUCUUUCUUCUUAGAGUGUAAUUUACAAUUAAGAAAACCAAUUCAAGUAUGAAAUCUGUGAAAUCUGGACAGCCUCUCUUGUAUUGUUCUGCUUCAAAUCAUAUAGGUCAAUAGAAAACUAAUAUAUCACUGUAAAAGAUGGAAAUGAGCACUGGCUUAUUGAUCUAUUCUCAGAGUUUCUGCUGUAAUUUUACAUAAAAAAAGAAGAAAAAGGGAAGAAGGUUAAGAAAAUAUACAAAUAUUUCUAGGAGAGAAAAAUUGGUCUGUUCAAAUUUCAGUCUCUCCGGGGAUUGCCAAGUAAAUAGUUUUGGCUGAUUUUAUAGUGAAGCAGAACUGCAUUUGGCAUGUUGUAGAUGUAAUAAUUCAUACUACUUCAGUCAAGUCUGAUUACAGUGUCCCUGUAGAAUUGUAGACAAACUACUGUAUCUUUCUACAGCUAUUUGUCUAUUGAAGGUCUGCUCUAUGCCAUAUUUGGAAGAAAAAAAAUGUUCCACUCCGAUCAAAAAUAAUUGAUGUGAAAAUUAAUAGGCAAAUAUUGAUAAAUUUAUUUUGUUUCGAUUAUGGUAUAGACUAAAGUAUUACAAUUUGAUAUUUUAGCAUACAUUUGGAGCAUUUAUCUUUGUUUUACCAGAUUAACUGAUUUAAUUUUGUUAUGAUCUUUCAUAAUUGGACAGAUUGUCUCCAUGCACACAGUUCUCUUUUUCUCUUUUUAAGCAUAUAAUCCAGGUAAAUCAUUUUGAUGUAGGGUUUUCCCCUAUUAAAUAUUUUUAAUGAAAUGUAAAAUAUCUGGCUUACUUUAGCAAGUUUGUUAACAAACUACACUGAAAUCCCUGGUGCAUUAUUUUAUCUAAUUUAUCUUCUUUCCUAUUGACCAUUUACCACAACUAGUCUUCACUUCCAUCCAGUCUAAAAAGCCUGUGUAGAUUUCAAAUAUUUACAUCUUGAUAUCCCUAAAAUUGAUAAUGGACAGUUCCAAAAAUUGAAGCUGGACAAGUCCAUUUAAGAAAUUGAGGUAAUUAAAGUUUUGGUAAGGAAUGGCAGGUAUUAUGUUGAGAAAUAUUUUAAAUGUUUAAUCUAAGUCCAUUGUAUUAUAAAAAUGCCUGAAUUCAAUAAGACAAGACAGUUUUACAAGGUUAUAUACGGUAAUUGAAUAUUUCUAAUUUCAUUCAAAAGCAGCUGUGUGUACAUUAUUUUUGUUUUUAUUUUUAUUUAUUUGCAUUUAAAGAGAACAUUUUUGUGUUUUAAUAAACAGUAUCUAUAUUGAUUCUUAUGUACAUGUAUAUUUAUUUAUUUUACUGAUAAUCAUUUUACUUUUAUGAAGAACAGUUGUGUUUUGUUUUUUAUUUGAUGAUAUUUACUUAUAAUCAAAAUAUAUUGUUUACUUUACACAAGGUGAGUAAAACUUUUUUAGAAUCUCAACAAUCUAGGUCUGACAAUUUUUAUUUUAACUUAU